CUUCUGUUGCACGAGCUCAUCCCGGCCUGAGAUACGAGCGGGGUCGUUGUUCCAAAUUUUUCUCACUUUCAGUGACUGUGGUGGAGCCGAGGGAAAAGCUGGAAUGGAUCCGUCAACUGGAACGAAUGACAAAGUGCUGUCUUCUUCCACUUCGCUUUCACUGGAAGAAGAUGUUCACAGCCCUCCUGUCCCGGAGAGACCAGUCUCUCUGCCGCUGAGCUGCAUUUCCAUGGCGAGUGACGAGUCGAUGAAGCAACCCAUUCUCUUUAAAGGACAAAGAUCGUCUGAGACUGAUCAUGUGCAGCAGACGCUGGCCUCACCUCAGCUGACCUGCAUUUCCCUGAAGAGCAUGCAGUCCAUGCAUCAACCCAUCCUGUUUAAGGGACACCAACCUUCAGAGUCAGAGCAGGUCAGUCAACCAGUCAGUGUGAUAUCCCUCACGAGCACCGAGUCGAUUCUUCAGCCCAUUCACUUUGAUGGGGGUCAGGAUGCUGCGGCAGAAAUGACAGCAGAGGAUGAUGAAUAUAACCUGCUUCCAGGUGUGGACUCAGAAUUCAAGCUCCUGGAGGAGACUCUUGUUGCUUAUGUAAGAGCAGAGCUGUGGAGGAUGAGGAGGAAUUUGGGAAGCCCAGAUGGAGAGGAGGUAGAAGAAGAUGACAAGGACGUCAAGAUCCUCAGAGAAUCCUUCUCAAAAAUCGUCCAGCACUUCUUGCAACAGAGACAGCAGCAGCGUCUGGCUGACUAUUUACAGAGCAAGUCUCCCUCCGUGUGCCAAAGAAAGAUCAGGUGUCGUCUCAAGCAGAAAUUCCAAAGCUAUUACGAAGGGACGUCACUAUCUGGGACUCCGAAACCGUUAAAUGAGAUCUACACAGAGCUCUACGUCACAGAGGGCGAGACCUCUGAGGUCAACUGCGAGCACGAGGUCAGAUGGAUUGAAGCGACGACUAGAAAGCCAGGACUGCCGGAAGUCACGAUCAAAUGUCGAGACGUCUUUAAGCCUCCUGACAGAGAGAGCCGGGUCCGGACGGUGAUGACUAAAGGAGUGGCUGGUAUUGGGAAGACCAUGCUGACUCAGAAGUUCACUCUGGACUGGACAGACGGGAAUACCAACCCGGACUUCCACUUCACCUUCCCCUUCACAUUCCGAGAGCUGAACCUCCUCAGUGGGAAACAGCUAAGCCUGGUGGAUCUGGUUCACUGUUUUUUCCUGGAAACGAAAGAGGCUAAGAUCAAGGAGUUCGAUCACCUCCAAGUUCUGUUCAUACUUGAUGGGCUGGAUGAAAGUCGGCUUCCUCUGGACUUUGUCAAUAAUGAAAUCUUGACAAAUAUCAUGGUGCCAGCGUCCAUGGAUGUCCUACUGACCAACCUCAUCAGUGGAAAACUGCUUCCCUCUGCUCGACUGUGGAUCACCACGCGACCCGCUGCAGCCCAUCAGAUCCCGCCUGAGUAUGUGGACAGGAUGACCGAGGUGAGGGGCUUCACGGACGAGCAGAAGCAGGAAUACUUCAGGAAGAGGUUCACCGGCGAUGCCGACGUCAUCAUCUCCCACAUCAAAACAUCUCGGAGUCUCCACAUCAUGUGCCACAUUCCGAUCUUCUGCUGGAUCGCUGCGACAGUUCUGGAGGACGUCUUGAAAACAAGUGCUGAAAAGGAGCUACCCAAGACUCUUACUGAAAUGUAUGUCCACCUGCUGUUGGUCCAAGCGAAACUCUGGAAUGUCAGAUACCAUCGAGGGUUCCAGGUGGAUCCCCACUGGAAUCCAGGCAGCAGAGAGAUGGUCCUGUCUCUGGGCAAGCUCGCGUUCCAGCACCUGCAGAAGGGCAACCUGAUCUUCUAUGAAACAGACCUGACGGAGUGUGGCAUCGACGUCACGGCGGCCACGGUGUACUCCGGCGUGUUCACGCAGAUCUUUAAAGAAGAGCGAGGCCUGCACAAGGAAAAGGUCUUCUGCUUCGUUCAUCUGAGCAUUCAGGAGUUUUUGGCUGCUCUUUACAUCUUCCUGAAUUUCAUCAACUCCGGUGAGAACCUGAUAACCCAGACGAAACCCUGGUGGAAGAUGCUGACAGACACAUCAAAGAUCUCUUAUCUCUAUCAGAGUUCUAUAAAACUGGCUAUGAAGAGUAAAACCGGCCACCUAGAUCUGUUCAUUCGCUUCCUCCUGGGACUUUCACUUCCAACCAACCAGACCCUACUGCGCGGCCUGAUAACACAAACUGGUAGGCGCCCUCAGGACACCCAGGAAACCAUCCUGUACAUCAAGAGCGUGAUCCGUGAGAAUCUCUCGCCGGAGCGGAGCAUCAACCUCUUCCACUGUCUGAACGAGCUGAAUGAUCGCUCCCUUGUGGAGGAGAUCCAGCAGUACUUGAGUUCAGGAAGGCUCAUCACCGACAAACUUUCCCCUGCUCAGUGGUCAGCGCUGGUCUUCAUCCUGCUCUCUUCAGAAACAGAGCUGGAUGUCUUUCACCUGAAGAAGUACUCCGCCUCUGAUGAGGGUCUGCUGAGGCUGCUGCCCGUGGUCAAGGCCUCCAACAAGUCUGUGCUCAGUGGCUGUAACUUGUCAGAAAAAUGCUGUGAAGGCUUGGCGUCGGUUUUAAGUUCUCCAAGUCUUCGAGAAUUCGACCUGGGAACAAAUGAUUUGCGGGACUCUGGAGUGAAGCUGCUUUGUGACGGCCUGCGGACUCCACAGUGCAGAGUGGAACGCCUGAGUCUAAACCAGAACAAUCUGACGGAGAAAUGCUGUCGGGAUUUGUCGUCGGUCCUGGGCUUCAAACACUCCACCCUGAGGGAGCUGGACCUCAGCUAUAAUGACCUUCAGGAUUCGGGGCUACAGCUGCUCUCUGCUGGUUUAACUCGUGGGCAGUGUCCUCUCCAGACACUCAGGCUGUGUGGCUGUAAUCUGACAGGGAGCUGUCUAGUGCCCCUCGCUGAAGUUCUUUGCUCCGAGUCGUCUUCGCUGACUGAGCUGGACCUGAGCGACAACAAUCUUCAGGGGGCAGGAGUGAAUCUCUUGUCGUCAGCAGUGGAGCAAGGCAGACUGAGGAAAAUGAGUUUACGCCGCACUGGCUUAUCUGACAAAAGCUGCCAGGGGUUUUCCCCAGUCACAAGUCAAAGGUUGCCGGCUUUGAGUGAAUUAGAUCUGAGCGACAACAACCUGCAGGAUGCUGGAGUGAGCCGUCUCUUUGCUGGACCAGGAGAGUUCUACUCUCAACUCCAAAGUCUGAGGUUGAACCAGACCAGUCUCUCUGACAGAUUUUGUGCCGAGUUCUCGUCAGUUUUCAGCUCGCGGAUGCUCAAACUGACGGAACUGGAUCUCGGCAACAAUGACCUUGGGGACUCAGGGGUCGGGCAACUGUGCGCCGGACUGGCUGAUCCAAACUGCACGGUGGAGAGUCUGGGACUGUGUGGCUGUCGACUGUCGGACAAAAGCUGUGCAGCUUUGGCGUCCGUCCUUAAGCAGCACGGUUGCAGACUGAGAUCCAUGGAUUUGAGUAACAAUCCGCUUUUAGAUGCCGGGGUGAAGCUUCUCACAGCCGGGCUACGCAGCACCACCUGCUGUUUGGAAUCUCUCAGGUUAAAUUACUCUCAAAUGACUGCCAGUUCCUGCCAGGAGUUGUCAGCUGUUCUGAGCUCUUGCACCCUGGAGCACCUGGACCUCAGUAACAACGACCUGCAGGACAGUGGGGUGAAGACACUCGCUGCUGCGCUCCACAGUCCAAACUGUCGACUUGGCUCUCUCAGGUUAUCAGGAUGCCUGGUCUCAGAGUCCGGUUGGGAAGCUCUGACCUCGGCUGUGAAAGCUCAACCGUCUCAUUUGAGAGCGCUGGACUUGAGCUACAAUCACCCUGGAGGAGAUGAGAACCUGACCGUGCUCUCUGCUGGACUCAAGGACCCUCAGUGGAAGCUGCACUCUCUGAGGACGGACAAUUGCAGUAGGCUUCUAUUGAAAUCUGGACUUCAAAAAUAUAGCUGUGAGAUCACCCUCGACCCCAACACCACGCACAAAAAUGUGGUCCUGUCUGAGAACAACACGCGGGUGACCCUCGCGUUCGAUAAGCAGCCGUACCCGGAUCAUCCGGACCGGUUCGACUGGUGCUACCAGGUUUUGGGCACCGCUGAUCUCAGCAGUCGCUGCUACUGGGAGGUGGACUGGGACGCCGGGGUCGACAUUGGGGUCACAUAUAGAGGCCUCAGACGGAGAGGGGCUCGUGAUGGGAGCAGGCUUGGCUGGAAUGACAAGUCCUGGAGUCUGGAGUUCACCAACGAUGGCUAUUACGCCUGGCACAGUAACAUCAGAACUGAGAUCCAGGCGGCCCCCAGCAGGGGCUCCAGGAGAGUGGGCGUGUACCUGGACUGGGAGGCCGGCAUCCUCUCCUACUACAGUGUUUCAGCUGAGACACUGGUCCACCUGUACACCUUCACCUGCACAUUCACAGAACCCCUCUUACCUGGGUUUGGAUUUUUAUCUCUGGAUUCUUAUGUGUCGCUUGUACCUGGGUAACUACUGCCUCACCUGGGCAGUAAUGAUAGUGUGAGCAUGGUAGACUUGUUCUAUGGAUCAGUGCAGUCCAGAAAUAUGUUUUUUGUGUCACUAAACUGUGUUUACUCGAUUGCAUCCCGGUACAUUGCUUUAGACUAGUGACAGAUCACCAGCUUGCCUCAGUAAAUUAGGAAAUUGAAUUAUGUGAUGAGAAACCAGGAAUUCAGAGAAUUCUAUUUCAAUAGCUGCGUCCAAUGUGCACCUGGAUGUGGAGAGUAAACUGUCCAGAUUCUCUGCUGCUGGAUAUUGUGGUCCAGGUGUUCACAAACAUUUGCUGAAAUUAAAUGAAGCAUGUUUACAAAUAGGUACACAAAUGUAUUAUUUUUAGGGGUGGGAUAUUCUUGAUAUAGUUUUCAUUAAUUGCCGUUGAAUAGUUGCAGUGUACUGAAUAUUUUAAGUGCACAGAACAACAGUUCUUGUCUUUUUAUCCUUGAGAUUUUUAAACUAUAACUUUCCACUCAUUCAGUUUUGGUUACAACCUGGAACUGGAGGCUGAAAAAAAUACGACUGAUAUUUUAAAUUAUUUUUUUAAGUUGGAUUUUCUGCUAUCUUUAUUUUACAUAACCAAAAACUGAAGUGUAAUUUAUUAUUUAGCCCUGUGAGUUAUUUGUGCGAUAAGCGUAUCUCUGGUUCAUCCUGCCCGGAGCGAAUGCUCAUCCCAGAGUUGAGACAGUGCGAGCACAUGCAGCUGGUACCGUGUGAUAAAACGGUUGGGCUCUUCAGUGAAAUCUUCUCCCGAAUGUAAUUUUCACUCACUCUGCGCUUCAUUUUUCAUGAAUGAAAAUAAUAUAAAAUGUAACCGAAGUACCAUCCUGUGGUAUCCUCCAUUACUGUAACAGAAUAAAAGGAAAAUGGAAAAAAGGCAAAUGGCCAGAAUUCUAUCAGCGGUGCAGUGCUAUAGGAAGAAAGCCAAAGUGUAUAUUUUUAUAUUGAAUAUUUGCACAUUUCUUGUAUUGUAUUUCACAGCUGUGAGGCCCUUUUAAAUGGAGAAACAGUUGAUAUGUUUGGUAAACACUAUGUGUGCUUGUCAUAAUGUGUUACACAAAGGUGGCUACAGUAAAU